GCCUCAGACCGGAAGUGCUCCAUCCAUGUAGUUUAUAGAUCUGCGGUCUGCAGCCAGCAGCCAGCAGCAGCAGCAGAGUUAUAGCAGACCUCAACGCAGCCUCCUAACCAGCCUGUUCAUGUAAACAACACUGAAUAAAGGGAUUGGGAAGUUUUCUUUUAUAGUUACUGUCCUUUUUUUGCUCACUAUGACGCAGCCGGCAGAGAAAGCGUAUUACCGCUUUGUGGUGCUGUUCUUCAACUGCCUGCUGACGUUUGGCUCCUACUUCUGCUUCGACAUCCCCAGUGUUUUGCAGGAUCAGUUCCAGGGGAACCUGACAUGUUCCAAUGCAACAGUGAUCAAUGGGACAGUGGAUUGUGUGGAAGGACUGGGAAUGAACCCUCAGCAGUACAAUCUUCUUUACGCCAUCUAUGCUUGGACGAAUGCAGUAGUGGUGAUCAUGGCUGGCUUCAUGAUUGACAAAUUAGGAAACCGCUUUGGAGUAUUUCUCUUCUCUUUCCUGUGUGUUUUGGGCUCGUCGCUGUUUGCUCUAGGCUCCCACUUCAAAGGAACUCCCUAUCUGCUGCCACUUAUGCUCACAGGCCGAUUACUCUUUGGAUCGGGCAAUGGAUCUCUGACCAUUGUUCAGAACCGCAUCACGGCCUUCUGGUUCAAAGGGAAGGAGCUGGCCUUGGCGUUCGGUGUGACCCUGGCGUUCUCUCGCCUGGGUUCAGUCCUGAACUUCUUCCUCACCCAGAACUUUGAAGAAACAUAUGGCAUGCAGUGGACACUCUGGGGUGGUACUCUACUGUGUGUGCUGGGCUUCGUAUCUGCCGUUAUUGUCAGUGCCCUGGACAAGAUCGGAAUGAAGCAGCUGGGUCUUGAUGGCGCCAUCCAAGAGCAGUCCAGAAAAGUGAGGAUUCAGGAUGUGAAGCUUCUGUCCGUAAGAUACUGGCUGCUGGUUCUCACCAUCAUGUUCUUCUACAACGGCAUAUUCCCGUUCAUCGCAGAUGCCAGUAAGUUCAUUCAGGAUAAGUACGAUGGCUACAGUCAAAAGGAGGCGGCCUACAUCGCCGGGGCGGUUUACGACAGCUCACUGGUCCUCUCAGCCAGCGUGGGCAUUCUCAUAGACUAUGUGGGUCUGCGGGGCGUUUUUGCGCUGGCCUGUGCCGUCCUCACGCUGCCUGUGUUUGGACUCCUGGCCUUCACCUUUGUCCCUCCUCUCGUCUCCACCAUAUGGCUGGGAGUCACCUACUCCUUUGCUGCUGCGAGCAUGUGGCCGUCUAUUCCCCUCGUGGUGCCUCAGGCGACUCUGGGAACGGCCAUGGGUCUGGCCACCUCCAUACAGAUGAUUGGGAUUGGGGUGUCAAAUCUGGUCGUCGGGCAGAUUUUGGGCACCAAGUCAAGUGAGACUAAAAUUCCGCUGUGGCGUUGGCAGCAGAUGAUGAUCUUCAUGUUGGCCAACACCAUCAGCUGCAUCGUCACCUCGGUGCUGCUCAACGUUGUCGACCACAGACAGGGCGGGACCCUGAACAAGACAACCAAAAGGUCGGGGCAGGCCGAGAGAGACUCCGACAGAGAGCCGCUCAACCCGGGAGAGGAAGAACAAAAUGAGGAGGAGGAGGCGGAGGAGGAGGAGGACGAGGGGGUUAGAUCUCGUGCUAUCAACUCCUAAGUUUUUAACACUUUAUUCAAUUUCUCUUUUUAUAUAUUUUUUGUAUGCAUCCGUUUUAAAAUUAGACAUGGUUUAUUGCACACCUCAAUGAAAACCACUUCUCCAUACUGUGUCUGUGGUUGCUACUGCGGAUAACGAAGCAGUUUAAACAGUUUUUACACCCAAAUACUAUAAAUACAGUGUUUUAAAUGUGAACCAGGUAUUGCUGUUUUUCAGUAAUACAGAUAAGUAAAAACUCUCUUUUUAACCUCAAGCUAUCAAGUGUGCUGCCAUGACAGAGUGUGAGAAUCUUACUGAGGUCACUAAAUCAUUUUAAUGUCAUGUUAACAUGCGUGUAUUGCAUGUCACAAAAAUGUCUGUUUUUUAAAUGAUUUUCUAAUGCAACAGUUACAUAUUUGUACCUCCUAUCUGUAUGUUCAUUGUUCGGGAUUUCACUAUGUACUUGAAAAAGGGAAUUUGAUCUAUUUCACAUUGCCAAAACAGCAAAAAUAAAAUGCCGUUAACCUUU